CAAAACCAAAAUUGAAAGUAAAUUGAAAUGGAUAGUUUUGUGAAGAACAUUAAAAGUAAGAUUUCUGGCAACAACCUGGUCGACAUGAUGAAAGAAGCCAACGUCAUCGACGAAGACAAAAUCAAGGAGCAGCAGGUCCGGAAGGCGCUCUCCAACAUAGACCCCAACCACGAGCUGAGCAUCGAGGACAUGGCGAGCCGGCUCAACGACCUGCCCGCCGCCAGGUCCAAGACCAAGAGCAAGACGCAGGAGGCGGUGGACGUCGCCAAGUCCAGCCUCAGCGUGCUGCAGAAGUUCACGGGGAAUAAAGACGAGAAGAAGGAACGCAAGGAAGAGGAGCCGCACCCCUACCUGAAGGAGGACAACAUUUUCAACCUGUACGACGACUUCCACUAGUCCAAGGCG